UCACAUCCACGAGACGCCAGUAAAGCACCGCUUCCAGAGGAUUACGUGAGCGACGUGGCCGUCAGCCAAUCAGAAGCGAGAGACGAGACGUGCGGGUCCGUCUGAGCUGGGGUUAGAUUUAGUAGAGUAUUAUCUCGCCUGUCAUCUUGUCGCUGCAAUGUCUACUCGGAGGACAGGUGCGUGGAAAGAGGUUUCUGUCUCAGAGCGGAUACUCUGUUAAUAAUAGAACGGAAUAGGAAAAUAAACUGGACUCCCUGUGUUUUUCGGCUUAAUGCGACACGCACAACUGAGGAGGAAAACCGUUGCGAGGAGUCCGAAACAGGUACCAUGAGAUGCUUUGGCGGACCGGCGGUAUCAGCCCGGAUUCUGGACUACCCUGUUCUGAGAUGGACUGUGACUUAGGGGUCGUUUCGAGCCGUUGUCCGCCCCCAAGGCUGACCGUCCCAGCUUAGAUAAGCCUCUGUCUGAUACUCGGCGUUUGGACAUAUUCAACACGUUGCCGAAUAGCGAGACACGAGCAGGUCACUUGUUCACUACAUCGAUAAUUUAGGAUGAUGCCUCCUGAUCAAAUCUGCUUGGUCUCGCACCGCUUUGCUCGCCGCUUUUCUACUCUGCGGAGUUCAUACACCUCCCCAGCAGCCUGAGCGCUCCUAAGCUCUCCCUGUUAUCUUCCCUGUUUGUCCGCCUGGCUGACAUUCCAGAGAGGUGAUGCGACGGUUUGUCUACUGCAAGGUGGUGUUGACCACCUCAUUAGUGUGGGUGCUGGUUGAUGUGUUCUUGCUCUUGUACUUCAGCGAGUGCAACAAAUGUGACGACAGAAAGGACCGCUCUCUGCUCCCUGCCCUCAGAGCUGUGAUUUCCCGGAGCCAUGAUGGUCCAGGGGAGAUGGGCAAGGCAGUGAACAUCCCCAAAAACAAUCAGGAGAAAAUGAAGGACCUCUUUAAGAUUAAUCAGUUCAAUCUGAUGGCCAGUGACAUGAUUGCUCUCAACAGGAGUCUACCAGAUGUGAGGUUGGAUGGCUGUAAAACCAAAUUGUACCCCGAUGAUCUGCCAACCACCAGCAUUGUCAUCGUGUUUCACAACGAGGCAUGGAGCACCCUGCUGCGCACCGUUCACAGUGUCAUCAACCGCUCUCCCAGGCACUUAGUGGUGGAGAUUGUGCUGGUUGACGAUGCCAGUGAGAGAGAUUUCUUAAAGAAGAAGUUAGAGGAUCACGUGCGGACUCUGGAGGUCCCAGUGAGGAUCCUCAGGAUGGAGCAGCGAUCAGGUCUGAUCAGAGCCAGAUUGAGAGGGGCUGCGGCCACCACAGGUCGCGUCAUCACCUUUCUGGACGCUCACUGCGAGUGUACUGUCGGUUGGCUGGAGCCCCUGCUGGCCCGCAUCAAAGAGGACAGGACAGCAGUGGUGUGCCCCAUUAUCGAUGUCAUCAGUGAUGAAACAUUUGAAUACAUGGCAGGCUCUGAUAUGACUUAUGGCGGAUUCAACUGGAAGCUAAAUUUCAGAUGGUACCCUGUUCCUCAGCGAGAAAUGGAUCGACGAAAGGGGGACAGAACACUUCCUGUCAGGACUCCGACCAUGGCCGGAGGAUUAUUCUCUAUAGACAAAAAAUAUUUCGAAGAAAUAGGAAGCUACGACCCAGGGAUGGAUAUCUGGGGUGGAGAGAACCUGGAAAUGUCUUUUAGAAUCUGGCAAUGUGGUGGCUCCUUGGAAAUUGUGACAUGCUCACAUGUGGGUCAUGUUUUUCGGAAGGCCACGCCAUAUAGUUUCCCUGGGGGAACAGGUCAAGUCAUCAACAAGAACAACAGGCGGCUGGCUGAAGUCUGGAUGGAUGAAUUUAAAGACUUCUUCUAUAUCAUAUCACCAGGUGUAAUGCGGGUGGACUACGGAGACGUCUCCUCCCGGAAAGCUCUCCGUGAAGCCUUGAAGUGCAAACCAUUUUCCUGGUACCUAGAGAACAUCUACCCUGACUCCCAGAUCCCAAGAAGAUACUACUCACUUGGUGAAAUCAGAAAUGUAGAGACCAACCAAUGCGUCGACAACAUGGGAAGGAAGGAGAACGAGAAAGUUGGGUUUUUCAACUGCCAUGGCAUGGGUGGAAAUCAGGUGUUCUCGUACACAGCAGAUAAAGAAAUCAGAACGGAUGACCUCUGCCUGGACGUGUCCCGCCUCAACGGGCCUGUUGUGAUGCUCAAGUGUCACCACAUGAAGGGGAACCAAAUGUUUGAGUACGACGCUGAGUACGUUGGCAAGUGGGAAUAUGAUUUUGAGAAGCACACCUUCCUCCACAUCAUCACCCAGUCAUGUCUGACCAUCAGCCGUCUGGAGGAUGGCACCUAUGGCCCGACCGUGGAAUACUGUGACAACAGUCCCUUACAGUCGUGGGUCCUCCACAACUACACUCGCCUGGAGCGGCUCACACUGCUUCAUGUGAACAGCAACCAGUGUUUGGACAUGCCAUCUGAGGAGGACAAGAUGGUUCCCACUCUGAGAGACUGCAAUGGCAGCCGCUCCCAGCAGUGGCUACUCCGUAAUAUGACCCUGAGCGCCUGAUCCUUCACCUCAUUACUCCCCCCCACUGCUCUAUCUUCCGCCCACGCUGCCGUGGAUGUCCACACCCUCACCAGGUGGCUUUUACCACACAGCAGAUGCUUCUUCUUGUAACAGCCUGGCCGACAGAUACCGAGGUCCAGCAGCGCCUUAUUUUUCCAUUAUGGAGGCGUAUUCUCUUACAGCUGCUCACAGGCUUUUAGAAAAGCUGCACCUGCCUGUCCGACCACAUGACACCGUGUAGUUUUAGGCACCUUGUUAUGAUGCUUUGGGCAGGUGAAUGGAUAAAAGCUGGACCGGGCACUAGUUUCCUGUGCGUUUGCUUCUGAAAACCACUCCAGCAUGUGGAGUUGAUUACAUGAGGAGCAUUUAAAGACACAUCUCUGAUGCUGUCGUCAGUCCAACUGACUUUCUAUGUGCAGCCUCCAGGUAGUACAUUUGUGUGGGUUGAAUAUUAAAACACACCUAGUUUGUAGCUCAUCCCCUUUUCACAUCAAUGUUUGUUACAUUUAGUGAAAACAAGCAGGAUUUUUGAGGCCGAUUACAAUACUUUUUAUCUUUGAAAAAAAAAAGAAAAGUGAAAAUGGAAAAAAUUACAUGAGUGUUUUUUUCACUCUUGUUUAAGACUACAGUAAUACUUUAAUUACUGUUGAUGUACGGUAUGUACUCUUUCAAGCAUAUCUCUGGAUUUAGGCUUUAAGCUGCUAGAUGGGAGUUUCCAAAGGAAGGAGCUGCUGGCACAUGAGGGUCAGCAUCCCCAAAAAGGCACACUCAACUUUUGUGGACAUUUACAAAAUGAAGAAUAUCACCCUGUAUUAACUGCGUACUUGUGUUCAUAUCGUUGUAGAAUCAGGCUUUGAAGAUGUCUGUCUUUUUUUUUUUUAUCAUUCUAACCUUUCAUUGAACUCUUUCUUCUAAAACAAGUUUGUUUUUAACUUUUUUUAGGCGUAGCAACCAGCAACCAUGGUAGCUGCUCUCGUUGCUGUAAACCAAUCAGGUUGCAGUGAGUUAACACCCACGGAAAGCACUGUUGCAAGGUUACUUUUCAUUAAGAAACAACAAAUGUUGAUUUCAUUGAUCAAAAUGAUAAACCUUAAUGAAUUCUGUGUGGAGCAAAGUCCCUUAAAUUUGGUUAGUAAGUGAUUGUGAAAUGUCAGGAUGUUUGCUCCAGUAAAGCCAUACAGCCAUACAGCCCCAACCUCACACCAGCAUAGUGUGUAAAAAAAACUAUAGAGCAAAAAAACUAUCUUUCUGGAGGCAGUGUUUGAUUUUUUUUUUCCAAUUUGGGCUAUAAUAGAAAUAUAAUGUCCGGUAUGGCAGUCUGUGGAGACGAGAACCUGUGCACAGAGACAUGACCUGCUGCUCUCUGCCGAUUGAACUCUUUGUCAAGUAAUGUGGCACAUUCCUCCCAUACAAAGCCAAACAGGCCAUCAUUUGUAGCUUUAAAUGGAUUGUUCAAGUGUAAUGUAAACACAUUCUUAAAUGUGUCUGAUUCUAUUGUAAUCAGGCUUAUCAUUUAAAUUGUUACAAAAUAAUUCCUUCCCUUUUAAAUUUGAAUAUUAUUCAACUUUAAAUGUAAAACCUAUAUCUAAAUUAAGCUCAACCUUGCAAGUGCAAAGACUGUGUUAAGGAGAAUCUAUCUGUCAUGUACCUUAAACAUAUCUGGAAAGUUCGGGUAUUAAUGUUUCCUUUUGGUUAGGGAGACUGUCAUGAUGGGUUUGAAUACUUUAACUAUGAGACAAUUUUGCCAUUUUACAGAUGUUACUUUCCUAAUGGGCUGUCUGUAAACACGAAAGGAACUAAAAAAACUUUAUAUGGAAAAUCCCACUUUAUUGUUAUGGCUUUUUGAGAACAUUUUUAUUUUUCAAAUUGAUUUUUGUAGUCACUUGGUUCCAGGUUUCAGACUCCUUCUCUUUGGACUGUCUGUACAAAUCACAAUAUCUUGGAGAGGGAUACUUAUAUGUGCCUUCAGAAAGCUUUUUUGGUUUGUUUGUUUCUUAAAAUGGAUUUUGACUGUUGAAUUGUUUUUCUUUGUUGAACGUAUGUUUUCACUCCAAAUAAAAUCCUGCAAUAUAUUCCUUUUAGUUCCUUAAAAAUCGGGAUCAAUUCAGAGGACGUUUUAAGGGUUACAUUUUCGUCAAGUCUCACGAUUAGUUCACUGUCACAAUAUUUCUUUAUCUGAUGUUCAGAAUCUGAAUGUUCAUGCUAUCAUUCACCAAUCCGCCAUGCAAAAGCAGCUUUUACUGCACUGUAAGAUGGUCACAGACAGCCAGUGUUGAAGAAUAUGCCGCUGUGAACUUGACGUUUGGUUGUUGUACAUAAAGAACCAACUAUUUUUCUAAUAUGCUACAAAACUUGAACACUUAUCAGUGAAGAAGUCUUGAAUGAUAAAAAAAUCACUGUUAUUGAUGUGUUGCUUUGAGAUGAGGGUUCUUUAUAUCAUUAUCGGUCCCACAAAAACCAAUUCUCUGACAAUUUUAAGAACCUCUGGUGAGCGUUACUGAGAGUCAAAUGCUGUUUAUGCUACUUGAAUACUGAAUCCUUCCCAACUUACUGCUUUGCAUUCGGAUUAAAAUUGUAUUACCUCUUUGAUAUAAAACAAACACAUUUCUUGUUUUUCAGUAUAUUUAAGAGCAUGUUAUGAAAAUAGGAAUGUAAUGUUUCAUUGUACUGAUUGCAAAGUGUUGUUAACUGUUUUUACGUUUUGCCUUUUUUUUCUAGAAAACAAUAAAACUUCUUUUUAAUAUAGAAUUAACGUGAAAUCUUCUGGUGAUAUCAGCACCAACAGACAAGUUUAUCAAUAAGGGAAUAACACCUUGGAUCUCAUUACCAGGAUGCAUUUAGUGAGUGUGCUGUCUAAUUUCAUAUUUUCCAUGAUAACAGAGUGCAAAAUUUUGUCCAAAAAAAGAGUUUGUAAUGGAUGUUACUGUCUGCUUUUGUACAGUAUGCGUAAGGAUUCUGCCAUUGUCAGCAAAUGAAGGUACCCCUGACCUGGGUCAUUAUUCUGUGUACAUUUUAGCUAAGAAGGCUUGACCUUUCAGAGGACUCUGCUUUUGUCAAAGCCUAAGAGGCAAAAUUACUCUCCCUGAACAGGACUGAGAAAAAAGAGUGAGAGCAGAGAUAGAGGACAGGGAAUAUCCAACUGGCUUUGAACACUGAAUAUUGUAUAACUCAUCAUUAUUUCAAAGAGUCUGUAUUGUUCUUUUAGGGCACUGGGCUUUUCAUUUUUCUUUGACUUCUAGCAAAUGUGUUGAAGAGGUUUUUUGUACACAUAAUAGAUCUGCAGAUUUACACCACAUGUCAUCUCAGUAACAAGUUUGGACCUUCACAGCUGCAGGCUUCCUCUUCCUCACCAGUUACAGAACUAAACUGGUUCUAUACGGGUUCUGAAAGAGCUAACCUAUGUUUCAGAUAGGCAACGGUAGGCCUAUCGGCAUCAGUACAAAAUGGCCUUUUUAAAAUACUUGUUAAUUCAUCAUGAUUAAUUAUUAAAGAUGUUUAAAACCC